AUGAAGCCGUCGGGUUCGUCUUCGAGUACAACGACGAACAUAGCGCGGUAUUACGCGGAAACGAACAUAGCGCGGUAUUACGCGGAAGUGAACACGAACAUAGCGCGGUAUUACGCGGAAGUGA